CGCCAGGAAGCGGAAGGUCACCGCCGGUCCGAGGGUUGUCCGGGGCUUCCUGCCCGCGAGCCCCGAGCAGCUGCCGGGACCCUCCCUGCCAAGUCGCUCCCCGAAAAGCUGUUUCAGGCACAUAACUGUAUAUCCAGUAAUAGUGAAAUGGAUCCCACUGAUUAUGACAGAAAUGAUGAUAUGUUUGAAUGGCUUGGAUGUUUUAUAGGUGGUGAAGCUCUCUAUUGUCCUGACCUCACAGUUCCUGUCCCAUGACCAGGGCUAGCUCACCAAGGAGCUGCAGCAGCAUGUAAAGUCAGUGACAUGUCCGUGCGAGUACCUGAGGAAGGUGAAUGAGUGCAGACAGAUGGGGCCCAGUGCCCUUGAACAGUCAGUGACAUACCCCAUAUGAGUACAUGAGGAAGGUUAUCAGUUAUCUGCCUGACCAUUUUCAGCCUGGGCCUGACUUUUUUGGAAUUCCUUGGAGAGCUAUCAUUAUUGUGUUUCUGGGAAUUUCUACACUUGGCAUUUUCCUCUGGAAAACUAGCUUUGGUGUGUCUUUCCUCAAGAUUGUCUUAAAGUUACAAAAUGUACAUGACAGAUCCACGGAUGUACAGCGGAGAGCCUGGAGGUCCAAUAGCCGUAGGCAAGAAGGGCUGAGGUCCACUUGUACACACACAAAGAAAAGGGUUUCUUCCUUUCCGGGAAUUAAAAUUGCCCUGGAAGACCUCUUUACUUCACGGAGUUAUAUGGAAGCCAGAGUUCGAGCUGAAGUCCAUAAGGUGACAACGAAGGUCAACAGUCAUUACCAAAUCAAUGGACAGAGGAAGACUACCGAGAAAGGGAAGCUGAGAAUGAAAGAACGUGAGCCAGCAGAAAAGGAGAAGCAGCUAUCAGAGGCAGAGGAAAAUGGGAAAUUGGUUAUGAAAAAAAUACAUACCUACAAGGAAUCAUUUCAAGGCGUGCAAGAGUUGCGGCGGCGGGCAGAGGACUCCUACAGACACAAAAUGGCCCCUUCUGCACGAAAGGCUCUUGACAACCGGGUAAGUUUGUUUGUUUUCCUUGCUUUUGGACAUAGUCUGCCAGGUCAGAACGUGGAUGUAUUUUUCUCCCCACAGCUCUUUGCUCAAACCUUGCAGUGGGAGAUGGCCGAGAGGAAGGCUUACAAGCAGCACAGUCCCAUCCCUCUUGGUAACUGUGUGGUGCAAAAACACCUUCAUGCCCACCCAGUGGUGCCCCUGAUCUAA